AGAUACACAUAGGUACUCACUAUACAACAGCAUCUUGUAAAUGAGUCCUGCUGAUCCUGUGUGUGUUUUCAGUGAUGUUAUUGAAUGAAUUGUGAGUCUCUACCUGUAGAGUGUGAGCUAACAAGAUGUGGAAGCUGUGUUUAUUACAGACAUCAGGGCUGACAGGCUGCAGGUCCCAUCAGCCAACAUGAGGCUGAACCAUCACUGCGCGCAUCCAAUCAGCUGACAGGAUGGGAUUGGAUGAGCAAUCAAAGUGUUGCUCCUCUCUCAUCCUUGGAUACCUUGAGCACCGAGCUCAGACCUGCGUUAUCUAGCGGCGGACCCCAACGUUUCUGCUCCGUCUCUGCGUCGGUGAUGGAAAACACCCGCUGCUUUGCCAACCGCUUCUCCGACUACAAAGGUGCGCUGCUGCCGGGCCAGGGAGGAGAGGCCGCGGUGCCCGCCGUCGUCGCCACCGUGGACAAAAUCCUCAAAAAGGUCCCCACCGACGUCAGCGACUGCGACGGAGGGCUGUACGAUGGGCCGGCCGGGGUGGCUUACAUGCUGUACCACGUCAGCGAGUGUCCGCUGUUCUCCGAGCACCGGGAGGUCUAUCUGAAGACCGCCAAGCAGAUCAUCGACGUGUCGGUCCGGUACGUGGACGCGGAGCCGGACAAGAACAUGCGCGCCGCCUUCCUCCUCGGCGGGGCGGGCAUCUACGCGGUGGCCGCUCUCAUCUACAAAUCCCUGGGCUUGGCUGAUUUCGUUAAGCCGCUGACCAAAUUUCGUAACCUGUGGGAGGUGUGUGCGCCCAUCAAUUUCCUGGAGUGCGGCUCGGACGAGCUGUUCGUGGGGCGGGCCGGGUACCUGUGCGCAGCGCUGGUCCUCAAGCAGAAGCUGGGGAUAGAGAUUCUGAGCAAAGAUCAAAUCAAAUCCAUUUGCCAGGCCAUCAUCGAGUCAGGAAAGCAGUACGCCAGGAGGAAGAGAAAGCCUUUCCCUCUCAUGUAUUCAUACUACGGAACAGAGUACCUCGGUGCAGCCCACGGCCUGUCGUCGGUGCUGCAGAUGCUGCUGAGCUACCAGGACAUGCUCAGCGGGGCAGAGAAGGACCUGGUGUGGCAGAGCGUGGACUUCCUCAUGAAUCAGGAGCAGAACUGUAACUGGCCUGCAGAGCUGGGAGCCAUCAUCGAGAGAGAGAACGAGCUGGUGCACUGGUGCCACGGAGCCCCCGGUGUGGCUUAUCUUUUUGCAAAAGCCUAUCUGAUCAAUAAGAAGCCUCAGUAUCUGGACACAUGCAUCCGCAGCGGGGAGCUGGUGUGGCAGAAAGGGCUGCUGAAGAAAGGACCAGGGAUUUGUCAUGGAGUUGCUGGUAGCGCUUACGUCUUCCUCCUGCUUUAUCGGCUCACAGGCAACUCCAAAUACAUCUACCGUGCUCAGAGGUUUGCAGAGUUCCUCUUCACAGAGGAAUUUAAGGCAGGCUCACACUCAGUCACCAGCGUCUACAGUCUGUUUGAAGGCCUGUCGGGGACCGUUUGUUUCCUGGUCGACCUCCUGCAGCCGGACCAGUCAGAGUUCCCUCUGUUCAGCGUCUUUGUGUGAGUGGAGCCCUGGGUUACUGCUGUUCACUGACCCGAACAGACGUCACUCCUUCCCUCCUUCUGAACUCCCUCAAAAACUGGAUGGAUAGAAAUUUAAAACCAGGAUGGACAUUGUGAUUCAUUGCAGUAGAAAAACGGUCUUGUUUUGUAUAUAUAUAUAUGCUAAAGUGGAUGGAUUCAUUGCACUCACUGUAAUAUCGCCCCUUUCAAUUUAAAUGGUAUGCACUAAAGCAGAGGUCUUUAAAUUGUGUUAAAAGGGAGACUGAACAUAGAAACAUAGAUCUUGCGAUGUUCAUUUUGAGUAAACUUGCAGAAAAAUAGAUAGAUACUUCUUGUAAUUCUAGAAACUUACCUGAGAAUCGUCAAGUUUGCUUCAGUAUCAACAACAAUAGAGAUACAGCGCAUACAAGAACCGCUGAUAGCUACUUUGGCGCAUGAAGGCCAACAAAAAAAAUCAAAUCGCAAGCCACAGCUAACUCACUGACUACAUUGACACUGUACUUCUUGUUUACAUCCCUCAAAGCCCCCAGAUGGUAAGAAGUGUUGGUGCAGAUUUUGUCUGAAGAAGGCCCACAUAUUCAGACUUUGAAAACCCUGCACCAAAGCAUUGGGAGUUUUGCAGCAUAUUCACACAAGAUGCUGCUCUCAGGUCAGAAAUACACAAGCACGUACACUAGCGACAGAUAAAAGCAAAUGGUAAUAAAACCCAAGUCACAUCCAAAAAAACACAAAAGUGAAAAAACCUGUCACAUAAUGCCUUUAAAAUUUUUCUACCACUUCACCAGCUCGUACUGCAGACCUUUGAGUUUACGUCUUUAGGGUUCGUGAUAUCUCACAUUGCUGUUGUCACAACCUUUACUGAUGAAUCUAAGGGAGGAAUUUUGAUACUGAACUCUCAAAAUAGUCCAAGCAGGGUAAUGAGUAGCAGUGGGUAAAUUCUGAGGGAGUUAUUUGUCGUUUAUUGUCCCUGAUAUCAGUCUCACUUUGUUUGCGCUGUGCAAUAUUCUGACCCGCCUGUCUGAACUGAGGUUACACCGUGUAGCAGUGCGACAGCUGUUUGUGUCUGUUGUUUCAAACUGUGUUUUCUGCUCCGUGGGGACUUUCAAAGUGUUCAAUAUGUUGUGAUUUGUUAUGACUUUUACCCUGUGUAAAACAAACUGUUAGGCUGUAGCUUUGUGAUGGAGACAGAGAAGAACAGAGCAAAAUGUGUUUUCAGUGUGAGAAUCGAAUUUUUCUUCCAAUUUAGUCUAUUCAAGAGGCGACUUAUUUCCAGCUCAGUUAUGUGGACUGAGAGUCAGUGAUUCCUUUACAUAAAUGUGACAAUGAGGCCUUAAAAACAAAUUUCUAGCAUCGUGGAUAGAAUCGCAUCUCUCAGAGUUAAGAGACAGGACAACAUUCGGAACUAAAAAUGCUUUGGGCAGCUUUUCUGAACAUGUGGUGCAGUUGGUGGAACGGCGUGUGAAUAACAGCAAACCAAAGCAGUUUCCUAAUGCUAACUGUGCCUGUGGAGCAUUUAUAAGCUGUACGUGUGUGUGUGUGCUGUUUUUGCAAUCCAAGCUAUUCAAAAUAACAUCUACAGGAUUAUUGUUACUAAUAAAGUGUCCAGAUGGAAAAAUAAAAA